AUGGGGGAGAAAGGCACAACAUGUCCUAUUACAGACACAGUUGUUACUGCGACAACCAGCCUGAGACCGAUAGUACCAGAUAGACAUGCCUUUCAGAAGGCAUUACGUGAAUACAAUCAGGAUAUUAGUGAAACCGUCGGAAAGAUCGAUAGAAUUAUCGGAAGGAACAACGCUGUUGGAACUUUGAAUAUAUUAAGGCAAAGCAAGCAGGAACCUCGCAAAAGAAGGGAGCAGUUGAAGCUUCAGGCUGAUGGAAUGAAAAUUGAAAUUAUUGAAAUUAAAAAACUGCUUGCAGAAAAAGAUGCACUAUUAUCCGAUAUAGAAAAUGAUUUGGUGUACAGGGAUGAAAGCAAAUUAACAAUACGUUUGAAAGAAUUGGAGACUGCAUACUCUCAAACGAAAUUCACUUCUAGUCGUGCUGAAAAAGCGCUAAUCAAUGAAAUCGACAAAUUAAAACGAAAUCGAGCUAAACUAACGAAAUAUAAUAUUAUUAUGGAAGAGAAACGGGUUAUACAGCUCAAAUUAUGUGGAAUCAAUGAACGGCGUAGUAAUGUGCUGAAAUCAAUCCGUGAAAUAACAAAUCAGCUUGAUAAUACUGAUCGACAUAUUAGACAACAAAGACGGGAAUUCUUACAACUUAAAGAUAGUUUACGUGAUUUACAUGGUAAAAAAAAGAAGCUGGUGGAUAAUUACAACAAGAAACGGGCGGAAUAUAUCGAUUGGUCAAAUAAAAAUAAAAAGGACAUGCAUUAUUCUUCCACAACUUGUUCAAACUAUCCAUAUCCAACGACAUACCCGGUUGCUCACCGCAAUCAGUCUUCUGCUGAUUUUAUUGACGAAGAGACAUUGGAACCGUUUUAUGAGCAGAAGAUGACAUGUAAAAGAUUGAUCGAGUAUCUGACUUCACUGCAGUCACAGAUGCUCGUGGAAUAUUCAUCAUCAACUUAUGAUACAACAGAUAAAACGUGUAAAGAGACGACUGUUGACGGAAGUGAAGAUUCAGCAGAAGAUUACCCUCCAUCUUUUUCUGCACUGAAGGUGCAAGCCUCAUUACCGGUUUGUACCACAUCUGAGCAGGAACUGGAUAAAGAAAUAUCUCUUGUUAAAGUUUUGAAGAAAAAAAGUUGCAAAAAAUCUUCGAAGAAGCCAUGUCAGAAAAUAAGUCAUCCAAUGCAAAUGUUGUGCUUCUUUAAAGAAACUGAGAUACCGAUACCUCAAACUUAUCGUGAAAUUGAGCACACAUUGAAUAUGGUGCGUACAUUAUUGAAGCAAUAUCAAGAACAAACGAACGUUAUUGUUUGGGAAGAAAGUGAUUAUCAACAGUUAUCUUCACUCAGUGAAAGUGAACAUACAGCGGAUUCAACUUGGAAUGGUUCAACAGACACAUCCGAUCGUGGGAGCAUCUUCAAUAUUCAUACCUGUUCCUCUUCCGACCUAACAAUACCGGUCCGAGAAAAACCUCAGCCUUUUGGAAUGGGUAUUUGCAAUCAAAAACUGGAAUUUCCAACAUCGCUGUCAACCCCUGAUGAAGGUUUCGCAAGUAAAAAUUCUACUUGCUAA